AUGGCUGAACCCGACCACACGGUUGUGCUUGUUCCUGAAGACGAGGUCUCUGACGAAGGCGUUUCAGAACUCGAGAGCGUCGUUUCAUCAAGCACCAGCAUCCGCAGCUCCAUCCUGGAGUAUCGUAUUGAGAAUGGUAGAACCUACCACAAGUACAAGGAUGGCAAAUACAUCUUCCCCAACGAUGCAAGGGAAAGCGACAGACUAGACCUGCAACAUGAGAUUAUGACCUACACGCUCGAUGGAGAACUUGGUGUGGCUCCGCCCUGCCGCGAAGAUGCCAAAGUCGGGCGUGUUCUCGACGUCGGCACCGGCACCGGUGUCUGGGCCAUCGAAUUUGGUGACCUGCACCCUGAAGCCGAUACCUCUCGCCCCCCCAGCAGGAGUUGUAAGAAGACACCUCCCGUCCGGCCCAACAGAGAGCUUCCUGAGAAUUCUGACUUUGUGUUCGCUUUUAGCGUUCCUCCUAACGUCAGAUUCGAGAUUGACGAUGUGGAGGAGGAGUGGAUUGAGUCAUUGCCGUUCGAUUACAUUCACAGCCGGUUCAUGAACGCGAGUAUAGCGAACUGGAAGGAAUACAUCAAGAACUGCUUUGACAACCUCGCGCCUGGAGGGUACCUCGAGAUGACCGAAACCCAACCCGACCCAGUCUCGGACGAUGAUACAUUACCCAAGGACUGGGCUGUGGCCAAGUAUGUUGAGGGUAUCCGGGAGGCUUCGGAGAAGAUAGGUCGAGUGUUCAUUGACCCUCCGACACUCAAGGGCAUUAUGGAGGAAGUCGGCUUCGUUGACGUCGAGCUUCGACAGUACAAGUGGCCCAUGAACGAAUGGCCCAAGGAGGAAAGGUACAAAACGCUCGGUCUCUGGUGCCUGGAGAACUUCAACAGCGCUCUCGAGGCCGUGUGCGUGGCACUCUUCACGCGGGUGCUUGACUGGUCCCUCAAUGAGGUGAACGUCUUCCUCAUCGAUGUGCGUAAGGACUUGAAGAACAAGAACUACCACGCCUACUUCAAUGUUUACUGCCUCGUCGGCCGCAAGCCCGAGAAGAAGGAGGACACCCCAGCCCCCCCGCCUGCGCAACCGGAGUCUCCCGCCCAGUCGGAGUGA